CUUGAGGGAAGGAAGAAGUGAUACGCACUUGCACCCUGUAGACUGUCACAUCAGAAUGGGUGUCACUACCAAAUCUUUGAGGCUCUGCUUGAUCUUCAGCACCCUGUGCCUGGCUGCCAUCAAUGGCUUCAACCCUGACAACAUCAGAGAUGCUCUGCUCAAAAAACUCAACCUCCAAGAGGUUCCCAAACUGGAGAAAAGAGACGUUGAGAACCUGGUGAUCCCUAGGCACAUCCAAGCCAAAUACAUGUCUAUGCUGCACAGUCACAGAGAGAGGAAGAGGAGAUCACUGCCCAGCUUGGCUGGCAUCCUCAGGGGCAUCUCAGGCAAUGCAGAUAUUUCUGGGGAGAUUCUAUACUCAGACUCCAGCAAGCAGACCAUGGUCUUUGGAAUGGAGUCCCGUAUUCCAGAGAACAGUGAGGUGACCAUGGCUGAACUCAAGCUCUUCAAGAAACCCCCUAAAAUCAUGAACGUCCCAGAGAGGAGAUUCCACCGACCAGUCAGCAAUGCCAGAGUCAGUGUGUAUUAUGUAGAGAUAUUGAAAGAUGGGACCAACAGAACCUCCCUGGUGGACUCUAGGCUUGUGCCAAUUAUGGAGUCAGGCUGGAGGAGCUUUGAUGUGACCCAGGCUGUGCAUUACUGGAUGAAAAGUGGCGGACAUUCAUCGAUGCACUUAGAGAUCCACGUGGAUGGUGAACGACAUGGAAGUCAUGCAUCUGAGAUGGCAAAAAUGGUUCGUUUCACCACCCAGAGCCCAUCAGACAACUCUCUGGGAAAACCAGAACUUGUCUUGUUCACUCUCAACCUUGAUGAGCAUGGGGCCCGUGGAGACUGUUCAGCAUCAGGUGCUAAAAAAGACAACAUCUGCUGCAGAGAGGAAUAUUUCAUUAACUUUCGGGAGCUUACCUGGACACAGUACUGGAUUAUUGAGCCAGCAGGAUAUAAUGCUUUUCGGUGCGCAGGAAGUUGCAAGCAACCAAAGUACCCCUUGUCUCAUCACUAUGGAGAGAGAAUGUGCGCCGUGGUGGAAAGUGCCCCACUGCCCGUUAUGUACCUGGUCAAAAAGGGAGACUACACGGAAAUCGAAGUGGCAGAAUUCCCCAAUAUGAUUGUGGAAAAAUGCGGUUGCACAAUGGACAAUAUCGCUAUAAUAUGAGGAAUGGCAGCACUGAGUUCUUGCAGAUCUGCUGUGUGUAGUACUUGCAAAUGUGCUCUUAGUAAGCAGGCAUGUCUGUAGUGCUGGCAGGAGCCCAUUAUAUAUAGUAGAACUGUGCACCUUUUGGCCUCUCCAGCUGUCAAAAGGGUGCUGGGAGUUGUGCUUUAACAGCAACUGAAGGGAUGCCGUUUGGCCAAACGAAUGUAAUGUGUGCCCUACUAUCACCAUCUUGCCUUACUGACAAGUGUUACUACUAUAGGUGCUGCUGCACAUUAAAAAAAGUUGCCUUCCCCAGACUUUAUCUGCUUCAAAGGGAUGUGGAAGGCACAGGGCAGAUGCCCCUGCUUGCACCCACCCUGAUGAACGCUCUGUUAGUAACUGAACCAUAAACCUAUGGUUUAACCUAGUGCAAAUAUCACCGCUCCUUCUGGGAGUUUAUAAAAGCAACGACAAUUUCCGAUCUCAGUGAUCAGAAUGGCAGAAUGAUAGAAGCAUUUAGAGAAGCACUUACCUGUAAAUAGACUGAUAUAGAUAUUUAUCUCUCGUUGACUUGGCCACACUGCGGCAUGGAGAUGGCUCAUAAAAUAUGAAUUUGACAGAGGUAUUUCUAUUGGAUGAUCAUUGCAGCAUAUUUUUUCAAUUAUAUAUAUAUAUAAAGAAAACAGAAACUUUAAUCAAACAAUAAAGUUUGUGAUGAAACUA